AUGGCUCUCGGUUCCUGGCAAUCCAAGCAGACAACCGCCAGCUGGCAAGACACUGCGAGGCCAAUUACAUUCCUCCUAGUCAUCCUUUGCGCGACUAUCAUCGCUUUGAUUGUAACAAUCGCCGUAAAUGUUACAGUUGCGAAUGCGCCAGACAAUGACCUCGGAUACGGAUUCGGCUGGGUGCUCAUGAUGCCAGUUCCUGCUAUCGCUUUCGUCUGGACUAUCAUCGACAUCCUCGUCUGCCGCUUUUGGAAUUUGCAUUCGAUCUACUCUCUCGUCUCGGCAAUUCUCCUCGCAAUCGGAUAUGUCAUUGUAGGAGUCUUUACUGCGCUGUUCUACAACUGGAAUGAUGAGGGUGCAUGGGUGCCGAGCAUUUUCUUCUUCAUCAAUGCCAUUAUUCACACAAUAUUCAUGGGCUUUGCGGCGCGUGCAAUCCAUAUUAAUGACAAGAACGAGAAGGCCAAAAAGCUCGAUGUUCGCAUGUCAGACCUGCAGAAGGCAUGA